AUGGGGAACAACAUGGAUACUAAACAAGGAGCGCAAAGGCCAUCUCUGGGAGCAACUCAAAGGAAGAAUCUGCGCCGUUGGUUUAGCUGGGAGAUAAUUUUAUCUGGGAUGACCCUUGUGAUAGAGGCCAUUUCAGCCUCACUAGAACAAACCUCUCCAUAUAAAUUGAAAGCUGCAGUAUAUGGGCUGAUUAUAGCAACCGUAUCUCUUUUACUUUCCUUUGUGCAUCUUGCUUUAAAGCACUAUAAUAAGCACAGCAAAAGUACCGUCAGCAAUGAAGGUCGACAUAAGCCUGGUCAUCACUUGGGGUGGGGAUUUGCCGACACUCUUGGCCUCAUAUUCUCUAUGCUGACUCUAAGCUCUGCUUCCCUUCACUAUUACUAUCUAAGCAAUGGCAAGCAACAGCCCAUUCGGUUUUCAAUGUUGCCUCUUGUCUUCUCUAGAAUGGAGAAGACAGACUAUUUGCUUGUUCGGUCUGCGGGCAUUCACUACACACGUUGUGCUACUAUGUCUGAUUUUACCGCAGACAGAUGCUGCUAUCUUCUGAAAUCUGUCUCUCGAGAUCACCACCUUGCUUCCACGCAAUCUGUGGUUGCCAUGUCAGCAGUCCGGAGAAUUAGCGACUGGGAUGAAUACCCUAAUGGGCUCCCCUGGGGUAAAUAUGUUAUAUAUCAGGUGCAUACCAAUAUUUCCCUGCCUAACAAUAUGAGCUUUCCCCGCCGUUGUUUUGGUGGGGAGAUAGUUUACUGUGCGAAUUUGAUUCGCAUCGCAGAGUAUGCUUUUGCAAAACGCCGUUGUUUUUGCUGGGAGAUAAUUUUAUCUGGUAUGACCCUUGUGAUGGAGGCCAUUUCAGCCUCACUAGAGCAAACCUCUCCAUAUAAAUUGAAAGCUGCAGUAUAUGGGCUGAUUAUAGCAACCAUAUCUCUUGUACUUUCCUUUGUACAUCUUGCUUUAAAGCACUAUAAUAAGCACAGCAAAAGUACCGUCAGCAAUCAAGGUCGACAUAAGCCUGGUCAUCACCUGGGGUGGGGAUUUGCUGACACUCUUGGCCUCAUAUUCUCUAUGCUGACUCUAAGCUCUGCUUCCUUUCACUAUUACUAUCUACGCAAUGGCAAGCAACAGCCCAUUCGGUUUUCAAUGUUGCCUCUUGUCUUCUCUGUUUGUGUUUUCUGGUCUUGUCUUUCUUCACGCCCCACUGAUAGGUGUAGGUUUCAUCCUCUGAUGGAGCAUGGAGAAGACAGACUAUUUGCUUGUUCGGUCUGCGGGCAUUCGCUACACACGUUGUGCUACUAUGUCUAA